AUGGCUAGUGCCGCGGAUGAUGCCGCCGCCGUUGAGGAUGCGGAGGAGCCCCCCAAGAAGCGGAUCUACAGUGCAUGCCUACACUGUCAAUCACGCAAGAGAAGAUGCGAUGGCGGCGAGCCGACGUGCGGGCUCUGCACCAGGCUUGGUCUACGGUGUGUCUACACGCAACGAAGACGCCGUGGUCCAGGGAAGAAAAAUAAACCCGCUGUUGAUGCGGAAGCAAAGGUGAGAGCCAUAGAGACAUCGUUGGAGCGGAUGGCGCAACUUCACGUCACCGAUGGAGGAGCAUCAAGCAGUGGUCCCGGUCGGACUCAACUUCCUUCAGAAGCCACUCUACCACCUGUGACAGCAAGUCUUGACGAUACAGCCAAGGACGCAGACAGACCUGCCCAUGAUGACCUCGCCAACUCGUCCCGGGACCCUCUCCCAGCGAGUAGCCUGCCUUCUCGCUUCCCGCCACUGCGAGAUCUCUUCUCGGGACCCCAGCUGCUAUCCACGAUGCGCGCCAUCAGAAGCGACGUGGAAUCACGCAUGGACCACUCCCCCUUCAAGAGGAGAGCGUUCACGAGCUUCCCUCCUCCAGAGUACCUCCUCGACCUAGAGCAAGCCGUCAUCGAGGACAUCCAACUGUUCUGUCCGACAAUCACCCGCAAGCACUUCCUGGAGCUCGCCGAGCAGCAGUACACAGGCGGCACCCGCGAGAAGACCGCCAUCGACGAUCCCGCCCGGUGGGCCAUCAUCAACGCCCUGUUCGCCACGGCGGUUCAGUGGAGGACGGCGAACGACUCCUUCGAGGACAUGUCGCCCAUGAGCUGGGGCUACUUCAAGAACGCCUUCUCCGUAUUCCCGGAGCUGCUCAUCUCCGGAGGGGGCGUGUCGACGGUUGAAGCAAUGCUGACCAUGGCCACGUUCCUUUUGGGGACGACAGACGCCAGAACAACGUUGCAGGUGGCGUCUUCUGCUGCUAGGACGGCGCAGAUGAUGGGCCUGCAUAGGAGGGAGGCGUAUACCAAGCUAGACGCUGCACAGUCGAGGCAGCAUCGGCGCGCGUGCUGGGUCGCUUUCAUCGUCGACACGGAAAUGACAGUCCGGUUCGGCAUCUCGCCGUCUUUCAACCUAGGCCAGAUGAACGCGGACCUUCCAGACGAGGGCCUGGCCUCUUUCAACCACGCAAUAGGCAUUACCUGCGCAGAGAAAACGCAGUGCUACGUCAGAAAGCUGGCAGAGCUGUCGCGAAUAAGGUACAAGAUCCACGAUCAGCUUUCCAUCGACAGUAUCAAAACCCAGGCUGGACCACACCACCAGGCGGCCGUCCUGGCUUUAAGUGCCGAGCUGGAAGCGUGGAGGGACUCGUUUCCCGAACACUUGAGACCCAAACUCACAGCAGUCGUGCAUGACAGGGAACUCGAGACGCACGUUGUGUUGCUGCACAUUUACUAUUUUGAUGCCUUGAUCAAGAUCCACACGAACCUGGCCCGCCUCAAGAGCGUUUCAAGCCACAGCCUGACGCUCUGCCAGAACCCCAGCUGGGAGGCCAGCCAGGGUUCUUGCCCGAAUGUGCAAGACGCGUAUGAAAAGUGCACAGCGGCUGCCCGUGCUACGGUUGAGACUCUACGGGUGACGCCUCCGCAUUCAUUCGUACAUCUAUGGGCUAUGAUUUGCUACCCGGUUGCAUCGUGCCUGAUCCUGCUCUGGUCCGCCCUCGAAGAGUCCACAGGCGCGGAAGCGCACGCCAACGUCAGGGUCCUCGGCCAAUUCGUGCAGUUUCUCGCAGGGCUCCGGGAAGAAGGCUGCGACGUCCGGAACCUGUUGGACGGCUGCUCCAAGUUCUUCAAGAUUGCAAAGUACGCCGUGCACACGCAACGCACGAUCAGGCUCACGAGGCCUCUGGACGAAGACGAGAACGUGAGGGAGCAGCUUGAGACGCUGCGGCUCAAGCUCUCGGGUGUCGCGGAAUGGACACAUCUGGCCCAGGGGCUGUUGAGCAACAUACCGACAUUGUGUGCCCAGGCACGAGAGGUUUUCUCGGAUAUUCUGGAGAGUGAGAAGCCGGGAUCAGACGGGUAUGGGCCGCUGGCUUCGGACAUGUUGAAGCCGCACAAUCACAACUUCUGCUUCGGCCCAUGA